CACCUCCCCGGCGCGCGCCCGCCCGCUCGCUCGCCCCCGGUCCCGGCUCCUCCUCCUCCUCUUCUCGCCAUUGCAGUUGGACUCAGCAGCCCGACGCGCACCGCGUGGCUUUUGGGGGGAGACACCCCGGCGGGCUGUGGCAGGAGGGCGGCGGCGGCUGCGGUCGGGAAAGGGGACGCCGACAAGAUAGUUGAAGUAUUGAUAACACCAAGGAAAUCUGUCACAGUUUGAAAAGAUAAACAAAGUUUGAUUUCCAGACACUACAGAAAAAGAAGUAAAAAUGCGUCCGAUGCGAAUUUUUGUGAAUGAUGAUCGCCAUGUGAUGGCGAAGCAUUCUUCCGUUUAUCCAACGCAAGAGGAGCUGGAGGCAGUCCAGAACAUGGUGUCCCACACUGAGCGGGCGCUCAAAGCCGUGUCUGACUGGAUAGACGAGCAGGAAAAAGGCAGUGGCGAGCACACCGAGUCCGACAGCAUGGACGCACCGCCUGAGGAUGAGAGCAAAGAAGGGGCUGGGGAACAGAAGACAGAGCACAUGACCAGAACCCUGCGGGGCGUGAUGCGGGUGGGCCUCGUGGCAAAGGGUCUUCUGCUCAAGGGGGACUUGGAUCUGGAGCUAGUACUGCUGUGUAAAGAGAAGCCCACAACUGCCCUCUUGGACAAGGUGGCUGACAACCUGGCCAUCCAGCUCGCUGCUGUAACAGAAGACAAGUACGAAAUACUGCAAUCUGUCGAUGAUGCUGCAAUUGUGAUAAAAAACACAAAAGAGCCUCCGUUAUCUCUGACCAUCCACCUGACAUCCCCUGUUGUCAGAGAAGAAAUGGAAAAAGUAUUAGCUGGAGAAACGCUAUCAGUCAACGAUCCCCCGGACGUUCUGGACAGGCAGAAAUGCCUUGCUGCCUUGGCGUCCCUCCGACACGCCAAGUGGUUCCAGGCCAGAGCCAAUGGGCUGAAGUCGUGUGUCAUUGUCAUCCGGGUCCUGAGGGACCUAUGCACCCGUGUGCCCACCUGGGGUCCCCUCCGAGGCUGGCCUCUCGAGCUACUGUGUGAGAAAUCCAUCGGCACAGCCAACAGACCCAUGGGGGCCGGCGAGGCCCUGCGGAGAGUGCUGGAGUGCCUGGCGUCGGGCAUCGUGAUGCCAGAUGGUUCUGGCAUUUAUGACCCUUGUGAAAAAGAAGCCACUGAUGCUAUUGGGCAUCUAGACAGACAGCAACGGGAAGAUAUCACACAGAGUGCGCAGCACGCAUUGCGACUCGCCGCAUUUGGCCAGCUCUACAAAGUCCUGGGUAUGGACCCUCUGCCUUCCAAGAUGCCCAAGAAACCAAAGAAUGAAAACCCAGUGGACUACACUGUUCAGAUCCCACCCAGCACCACCUACGCCAUCACGCCCAUGAAACGCCCGAUGGAGGAGGAUGGGGAGGAGAAGUCUCCCAGCAAGAAGAAGAAGAAGAUUCAAAAGAAAGAGGAGAAGGCGGAGCCUCCCCAGGCUAUGAAUGCGCUGAUGCGGCUGAACCAGCUGAAGCCGGGCCUGCAGUACAAACUGGUCUCGCAGACCGGGCCUGUCCACGCGCCCAUCUUCACCAUGUCAGUGGAGGUCGAUGGCAACUCAUUUGAGGCCUCCGGGCCCUCCAAAAAGACCGCCAAGCUGCACGUGGCCGUUAAGGUGUUACAGGACAUGGGCUUGCCGACUGGCGCGGAGGGCAGGGACUCGAGCAAGGGGGAGGAUUCAGCAGAGGAGACGGAGUCGAAGCCUGCUGUGGUGGCCCCUACCCCUGUGGUGGAAGCUGUCUCAACCCCCAGCGCUGCCUUUUCAUCGGAUGCCACUGCCGAGAACGUGAAACAGCAGGGGCCGAUCCUGACAAAGCAUGGCAAGAACCCUGUCAUGGAGCUGAACGAGAAGCGGCGAGGCCUCAAGUACGAGCUCAUCUCGGAGACCGGGGGCAGCCACGACAAGCGCUUCGUCAUGGAGGUGGAGGUGGAUGGCCAGAAAUUCCAAGGUGCUGGUUCCAACAAAAAGGUGGCGAAGGCAUACGCUGCCCUCGCGGCACUAGAAAAGCUUUUCCCUGACACCCCUCUUACCCUCGAUGCUAACAAAAAGAAGAGAACCCCCGUUCCUGUCAGAGGUGGACCGAAAUUUGCUGCUAAGCCACAUAACCCCGGCUUUGGCAUGGGCGGCCCCAUGCACAAUGAAGUGCCCCCACCCCCCAACCUUCGAGGGCGGGGACGAGGAGGCAACAUCCGAGGGCGAGGCCGAGGCCGAGGAUUUGGUGGCGCCAACCACGGAGGCUACAUGAAUGCUGGCGCUGGAUAUGGAAGCUACGGGUAUGGAGGCAACUCAGCGACAGCGGGCUACAGUCAGUUCUACAGCAACGGAGGGCAUUCUGGGAAUGCUGGCGGCGGUGGAGGCGGGGGCGGUGGCGGAUCUUCUGGCUACGGUUCCUACUACCAAGGUGACAACUACAACUCACCGGUGCCCCCAAAACACGCCGGGAAGAAACAGCUGCACGGGGGCCAGCAGAAGCCCUCCUACGGCUCGGGCUACCAGUCCCACCAGGGCCAGCAACAGUCGUACAACCAGAGCCAGUAUAGCAACUACGGCCCCCCGCAGGGCAAGCAGAAAGGCUAUAACCACGGACAAGGCAACUACUCCUCGUACUCCAAUUCCUACAGCUCGCCCGGGGGCGGGGGCGGAUCCGACUACAACUAUGAGAGCAAAUUCAACUACAGUGGUAGUGGAGGCCGAAGCGGCGGGAACAGCUACGGCUCAGGCGGGGCAUCCUACAACCCGGGGUCACACGGGGGCUACGGCGGAGGUUCUGGGGGCGGCUCCUCAUACCAAGGCAAACAAGGAGGCUACUCGUCACAGUCGAACUACAACUCCCCAGGGUCCGGCCAGAACUACAGUGGCCCUCCCAGCUCCUACCAGUCGUCACAGGGCGGCUACGGCAGAAACGCAGACCACAGCAUGAACUACCAGUACAGAUAAGCCCCCGCGGGGCGGAGAUUUGUACCUUCUGCACUUACUCCCCAUUGGAAGAUCCAGUUUUAUGCAUCACAGUUAACAUGUCAACCGGCCCUUCCAGGCCCUGCCCCCACCCCGUCCACGUUGCUGUGUUGUGAGGUGCAGCGGGUCACCUCCGUGGCCUGUCCUGUGACCCAUUAUUUAGCCGUGUUUGGGACUCCGUGUCUUCAAUGGUUUGUUAGUUGCCAUGACAACUUUGUCUGGGUAGAGUUUUGCGUUCUGCAGUUCAGUAUCCCUCUGUCUAUUUACAAUUAAUUGGUGUUCGUGUUAACUCAGUUUGUCUUUAAAUAGUUACGGAAGGGAUACGUCAUCUGUUCAUGCUUUUGUGAAGUGAGUUAAACGAGCUUUCUGUAUUUUAAUGCUUUAGUGUUUCAGUUUUAUAAGUGAAGAUUUUAUUUUAAAAACCAGUGGGAAAGAGUGGGGGUUUUUUUGUAUGUCUGGGUCAUUCAGGCAGUACAUCUGAAUUAAGAUGAAUGUAGACAAAUAAAAGAAAAAGAAAACCGCGCCUGUCUUAGGCCUGGGUGUCUGACCCACCAGCGGUGGAUGGGCAGGUUCCCCCCGCUCUGUUCCCUCUCUCGGGAAAGCAGGGUGGGCUGGCAGGAUAGUCCCCAGUCACCAGGGAGGGUCCACCUCCAGGCCUCUAGACACCUUUCCUCUGUGCUUGGCAAAGACGAGCUGCCUGGUCACCUGGGAUAUUGUGGACACAGUGUCCCAACAGGCUCUGUACCGCCUGUCGUCUGUGCGGUUGUGUACAGUGGCCCGCGCUGGUCUUUGAGGUCCGAUCACAGAACUCAGGCAAGCUUUGUUUUCUGCUCCCUGAUUCUGGCGUAGUUUUUAAGUGCAAUUUCUCAUCAUCAUGGAGUGAAAUGUCCCUGUAGAAUCCAUACCUCAACCCAAUUUGACAAGGGCAGGUGCGACCUGGGUAAACCCCAGCUGCGGAUCAUCUGUGCCCGUGUGGAGCUUUGUGUCUGUGCCGCAGCCUGGACCCCGGCGCCGCGCCACCAGGGGCUCACAGAGAGGGCAGCUGAGGCUCUUUGCAGUUGCCAGAACGUAUUCCAGCAGAUGUCCCCUAGAGCGGUGAUUCUCAGCCUGGGUCAGUGUUGCCUCGCAGGGGAAGGUUUGCAAUGUUUGGAGGACAUUUGUCACCCCUAGGCAGUGCUCCAGCAUCUCGUGUGUGUGUGUGUAGAGGCCAAGGACACUGCUAAAGAUCUGCCCUGCACAGAGCAGUGCACACACCGUGGAACCAUGCGUGACAAAAUGUGGCGCACACAGGUGGAGAAACUGUACCCUGCCGUGGCUCCUUCUCGGCUCUCACCCUGCCUAGGGAGGGAGGGGGCACGGUUUACAGGGGCAGUAAUAGGAUUGCCUUUACCCAGGCGCUGCUUCGGCCUGUCUGGGAAGAGCCUUGCACAGCAGGCCUGCAACCUCACCUUUGCGGGGACGCAGCACCUCUUGCCAGUUGCCUGCAGUGCUCGGAAGCCACCUCUCCACCCAUAGACCAGGCGCUGUCGUGGGCCCUUGGCUGUAGACGGCCCCUUGGCCUCCCGUGCUUGGGUAACCGUGGCUGCUGGCAGAAGCGAGGACCCUGCUCACAGUCAGAUGAAGCAGAAGGUCAAGCGGAUAAAUAUCUUUCAGAGGAUAAACGUCUGUCUUUUUGGAGGGUGGAAGAAAGGGCCUCUGCACUAGAGAAGGAAACACUGGAGGAAUUCUGUCUGCCAGAGCAGAGGAGAGGAGGUCCCAGAUACCAAGUGGCUCAGCCCAGCGACAGUUGGGAAAAAGGUGGCCCAUGAUGCAGAAAUUGGAGUCAUCCUGAGCUGCUCUGGGAUUUCACCAGCCCAGCAGUGGAGGGAUAAGAGGACAGACCUGAGGGACGAUCCUACCCUGACUGAUGGGAAGUAUUCACGUCCCCUCUGCUCCCCCAGAUGUGACCAGGGAUGGGACAAGAAGAAAUGCCUACGAGCAUCAGACCUUGCGUUUGAGGUGAGAGGAUACAGGCUGCACCAGCCAGACACGGAGGAGGAACAGACCCCAGCCCCACCUGCCAAGUCCCUCCGAACUCGAGGCAGGCACCCGUGUUCAGCUUCGAUCACCACCGCCACAUCGAAUCCUAACCCAGGACAGGGGAAGGGACCCCCUCCCCGCUCAGAAUCUGUGGCCCGUCAGGCACCCUCCCAAGGGGACAUCUUGUGAGCAUCCUUGGUGCCCUAACUCCACUCGCUGGGGCCGAUGGUGCCGUGAUAGAGUUGGCCAGUGGCAGUGUCCCAGCCCUUGCAAACUGCCACACCAGGAAGCUGGGUUCAGAAGAUGUGGCUGUCACUUGAGCACUGCUGAAGGCCUUCUAGGCCAGUUCCCUUCAAAACCUUGGAAGCUGACCUGGGGGAGGUCCCCCUCAGCCCAGCAGCAGGUGGGCAGCCGCUGGCUUAUGAUGAAGAGGCACCUUGGCCAGCAUGCUUCGGGUGGAUGGUGUCCUGCAUCAUUUGGCCACCAGGGGUGGACACUGGGUGCAUCAGCAGGAAGGCCAGGGUGCCCACACUUGCCUGACAAGUUGUUCAGGACGGGGUACUUGGUGGCUAGGCCGUGGGGUCAGUGACCAGGGACUGGGCGCACAGGCCAAGAGGGCUCUGGACAUGUGUGGCAGGCUGGGAUGAGGGAGGGAAGGGCAGGACCUUGUAGGGGAUCUGGACAGAUUCCAGGGGCAAGUAUUGGGAAUUGGUGACCUGGGACCAAGGGUGGCCCCUGAGCCACGAGGGUCACACAUGCAGCAUUUCCACUGCCCUGCAUUUAGCAGUUGCUGGGGCCUGGUUAUCAUUUUGGGCUGGGACCUGGUCGGACCUGGGGGUCACCCACCAGCUGCCUGAUGGCCCCCUUCCCCUGGCAGGGAAAUUCUGCUGUGAUCACUGACCCUCCUGAUGCAGUCGGGGGCCCUGCCCUGAAGGACUACUGUGUGUCCCUGGUCCCUGCAGCACGGUGUGGGCCCCGCCCUGGCCGAGCACUGCACAAAACUGAGGCCUCUGCAAGCGAUGUUGGGCAGCGACACAGCCAGCCUUCCUGCAGGCCACAUGCUCGCUCUAACCCUUCCCGGAAUAAACAAGACUUCGUGUGUG